AUGAAGGACCUUGCAUAUCUCCGCACGUCCCACCUUCCUCGGUCUGCCUUCGGCCCCACCUCCGCCUUCCCUCACUGCUUCUCUCUCCUCUUACAGGACACGCGCUUUGCACCGCACAAGCAGCAGGCCGCAGAACUGAUCCAGAACAAAAGAGAUCCGCCUCUCUGCCUGGCCAUGCAGCUGAACAGGUUGUUGCCUUCUUCCAUCAUCAGAACUCAGUCCUGUGAGCCUGUCUUCUCUUUUGGGCCCACCAGUGGACAGAGUCGUCGUUUAUACCUUCCAGCUUCUGUCAAACUGUCCUUCACUGUUAUCCCUGGUGCCUCUUCUCCCCCCUCCUGGCCCACGCAGGCCCACCUGGACUCCCAGUCAGCCUUCUCCCUCCAUGGUGGGUGGGGGGAGGCCCCGGGGACCCUGGAUGCGGACCCCGAACCUAUUCAGCUUGCCUCAGCUGAGAGAGACCUGGGAUCUUGUCUUGAUGCAUCCACUCUCACUGACCUCUGUGCAGACCUGCCAGAGUUGGAGAUAGUGAGCCUUCUGUCAGAAGGUCAGCCAAACUACACUCUCCGAGCAGACUGUGUUUUCGGCUACGACAAUGACGACUGGCUGCACACCCCUCUGCUGCAGCCUGAGGUCGUCCUCGGCCUCACACACCAGCAAAUUGAAGAGACCUUCAAGUACUUCUUGCUGUGCUCAGACAGAGUUGGCCAGGUUACCAAGACAUAUCACGACAUUAAGGCCGUUACAAACCUGCUGGAGGAGAAAGAGCGUGAUCUCGAGCUAGCAGCACGGAUUGGCCAGUCACUUCUGAAACAAAAUCAAGAGUUGACAAACCGAAAUGGAAUACUGGAUGAACAGCUGGAGACUGCAAAGGAGGAGAUUGCUCAACUGCGUCAUGAGCUUUCAAUGCGAGAUGACCUCCUUCAGUUCUACGCAAGCACAGAGGAGAUAGAAAACACUGAAUCACACUCACCAAUAAAAAGAAAUGAAUCCAGCAGUUCUCUCAGCAACCUUGUCCACUAUGACUUCAUGCAGCAGAAAUUGAAAAGUUUAGAGGAAGAGAACCGCAAACUUCGACUGGAGGCCAGUGAGCUCUGCACAGAGACAACCAACUAUGAGGAACAAGAGCAAGAGCUGAUGAUGGUGUGCGUGGAAGAGUUGUCUUCUGCCAACAAGCAAGUAGUCGACCUAUCAGACGAGCUAGCACGCAAAGUAGAAGAUUCAUUUCGGCAACAAGAGGAAAUAAGCUCACUUCUUGCUCAGAUUGUUGACCUGCAGGCCCGCUGCAAACGUCUUACUAAUGAGAACGAGGAGCUGAAUCAACAUCUGAGUGCCUCCCGUGAGAAUAACCAGAUACUGCAGUCCGAGCUCAAGGACCUGCGGGACAAGUACUCACAGUGUGAGGACAUGCUCCACGAGGCUCAAGAGGACAUCAAAAAUCUGCGAAAUAAGAGCCUUCCCAAUAGCACUGUGCAGCGCUACACUGCUCUGGCCUCCGUCCUGCCCAUGGACAGCCUGGCAGCAGAGAUAGAGGGAACCUUCCGGAAAGGCUUGGACACCCCCGCCUCCUCAGAGUAUAAAACCCACCCGAGGCGUGUAUUUGAAACCGUGCGGGUGGUAAACAGGUCAGUGAGGCUGCGUUCUGUGUGCCACUCUCCGGGACUUCCAGGUUCUAGCCCGGUGUCUGUGCGAUCCAGCUGUACCAGCACGCCCCGCACCAGUUACUACGGUUCUGACAAUGCCAGUCUCACUAUGGAUGAAAAGCCCAGUUGUAGUUUGGUCCAGAAAGAAGAUCUCAGUGGGCCAAAGCGUCUGGGCCAGCCAGGCAAUCCGGGAGGCCAGGACCUCGAAGCCGCUUUGCGCUGCUUGUCAGUCCGCCAGCAGAACCAUUUUUCUGAGCGGCCUUUCUUCGAUGUGGAACGUGAGCGGAAACUGCAUGCCUUGUCGGCAAACAGCGAGGAGGAGGAGGGUUCCAGUGGCUUCUUGACACCAAACGACAGCCUGGCCUCCAGCCCAGCGGCGUCAACUGGCACCAACUACUCCAAUGGAAGUUCUCGCCACUCCUGUGACUCCUCAGGAUCCAGGUCAUACCUUCCUGACCGCCUCCAGAUCGUCAAACCUCUUGAAGGCUCGGUGACUUUGCAUCAGUGGCAGCAGCUGGCCAAACCAAACCUUGGGGGCAUCCUCCACCCUCGCCCUGGAGUCCUGACAAAGGAUUUCAGGGAGCUUGAAGUGGACAUACAGCAUGUCUACAGUCUGAAUGACCUGGAAGAGGAUGAACCUGACCUGUCACUGCUCUCUGGAGCUCACAGCAUGGUGUCUUCAUCGAGUCCCAACCAUCCUCAGACCUCUCCCACUCCCACAGUCACCACCUGCCGAGUCCCCCAACCAUCCCUCCUCACCCCUGCUUUUCCCUUUGGCCAUCACCCUGUCAGCCUGCCAUUUUGUCCGAACUGUGAGCACGUGAGCACUUCUCGUGUGUCCGUCCGACAGCACUUCGGCCUCCCGUGCUCCCCCACCACAAACACGAGCUGGUCAUCACCAGGACUCCUUCAGCUGCUUGAAGAACGAGGUAUUUCCGCCUCUUGUUCUCCCCGCCAGCACAUACGCCCCUUCCGCAGUACAGGGCCUCGGCUGGCCGACACUGUUGACAAAAGCGGCGGCUCAUGCGCUAACACCGGACAGAAAAAGAACAUUUUCAGCCUGAAUUUGGUGGAGAAGCUUCAGAGUCUCAGGCUGCACAGAGUGGCUGCAAGAGGGAUGAGGAGUCGUGAUACUGAAUUAGAAAAAAUCCGUGGGAUGUCCACCUGAUGUUUUGACCGGCAGCCAUCUUUCGUCACAGUUUGUGACGGUCCUCUUCUUUUCUAUUGUCGUAGCGAGAUUCAGUCUCCUACAAGUUCAUCUCAGGACAAUCACUUGAUCGCAUGCUGUUUAAUUGCAGCAAUAGCUUCUUUUUGUACACAACUGAGGAACUUCAAGAAAGAUGAAAUCUUUUUAUACCAUAUGUUGUUAGAGGUUCUUUCCACUUUUUCCAGGUUAAAAAGGUAGUUGAUGUAAAUUCCAUGCUGUAAUUUAUUAUUUUCAAAUCGCACUGAAAUACAUUCUGGCCUUGCUGUGCUUUAGCUAUGAUAUUGAGAAACCACAUUAUAUUUAAAAUGAUCAUUAUAUUCAAGGAACUAUUUGAAGAUGCACUGAGUGAACGAAAAAUUGACUGCACUAAAUAAUGUCAUUGUUAUUCUGCUUUAGCUAUUGUCACAUAGUGAAUGUUUUUUGGGCAUGCUUGGUCUACUCAAUGGUCACCAAAACACUUGUUCAAUCAUGGCAAUGAAUGUCAGUGAAGGAAACAAAAUUACCCAUGGCAUUGUAGAGAAUUUCAUUCUACUACAUGCUUCUGCAAGCCAAAUACAAUCAUCUGUAGCAAAAGGGCAUAGGAUACUGUAGUUUUUAAAGGGAAUCAAUUCAAAAAUGCAAGUUAUGAUCGUUUGUGCUUGAAGUUAACCAAAAACACUUUUGUCUGCACUUUUAAUGUGCAUUGUCUGUAUAUUUCUCCGUGUUUACAGUAUGUACCACCCCACCUGUGAAUAAAAUGUAUUUCCAUUUCAA